AUGGCUCGUAGGCCAAGACAACGCACUUCUCCAAGAACAGAACCUGAUGCUGAAAAACCUGAGGAAGAGGAAGUGCAUCAUGACUCACCCCGAGAGCUCACUCCUCCACGCUCCCCAACUCCAGCAAAAUCUCCACAACAAACAACACUUCCAACUCCUCCUCCAUCACCAAAACAGAAAGUUGACCUUUCUGCUCCUGCUGUCAUUACUGGGAAGUUUGUCCUUGGGGAGGCAGUUGCUCCCACAGAGCAUGUUCAGGCAAUGCACGCUACUGCGAAAGCGUUUAUGGAGACAUGCUUUUCCUCUUACCUCCGCCUGGGUGAUCUCGACAUGGCAUGCCUUCGACAAUUGUUUGAUAACUCUGACACUGAGGAUAGUCGGGCUAAAGGUGGCUCUUCUUACGUUGGUGCUUCCCUUGGGCAAAGGAGAGUUGCAUUCUUGCUCUUGUCAUCGAAACCAGACCGAGAUCGUCACCUCGAAGUCUAG